AUGUUCGCUGCUGUUCGCUCCGCCUGGGCGCUUUUCGUCGGCCUCGGCAUGAUCAUGCUGGGCAACGGGCUGCAGGCCUCGCUGCUGGGUAUCCGCGCCUCGGCUGAGAAUUUCGGCACCGAGACCACGGGUCUCGUCAUGUCCGGCUACUUCAUCGGUUUCCUGGCCGGCGCCCUCGUUACGCCCCGGGCCGUCGGCAACGUGGGCCAUGUGCGCGUCUUCGCCGCGCUCGCCUCGACCGCCUCGACGGCCGCGCUGGUGCAUGCGGUCUUCGUCGACCCCUGGAUCUGGAUGCUCAUGCGGGUCCUCACCGGGUUCUGCUAUGCCGGCCUCUACAUCGUCGCCGAAUCCUGGCUCAACGACCGUUCGACCAACGAGACCCGCGGCUCCAUGCUGUCGGUCUACAUGCUGGUGGUCCUGGGCGGCAUCGCCGGCGGGCAGUUCCUGCUGAACCUUUCCGACCCCAACAGCUUCGUUCUCUUCGUGCUGGCCUCGGUCCUGGUCUCCCUGGCCCUGGUGCCGAUUUCGGUGUCGGUGGGGCCGGCGCCUGAUUUCUCCGCACCCAACCCGGUCGGCAUCCGGGCGCUUUACCGCGCAUCACCGCUGGGGGUGGUCGGAUCGCUGGGCACCGGUGUCGCCAACGGCGCGAUCUUCGGCAUGGGCGCGGUCUAUGCCAGUCUCGCAGGGCUGGAAGUCUCGGAAAUCGCCCUCUUCGUGAGCAUGCUGAUUUUCGGCGGCAUGGCCUUCCAAUGGCCCAUCGGGCGGCUCUCCGACAAGCUGGACCGCCGCCGCGUUCUGGCCGCGGUCACCUUCUCAGCCGCGCUCGUCGGGCUUGCGGCACCUCUGUUUUCCGGCGACAACCGGAUCGGGCUCUAUGCCGUCGCCUUUCUUCUGGGCGGCAUGAGCUUUCCCAUGUAUUCGCUCUGCCUGGCCCACACCAACGACUAUCUGACGCCCAAGCAGAUGGUCGCCGCCAGUGGCAGCCUGAUGCUCGUCAACGGCAGCGGCGCCAUCUUCGGCCCGCUGGUCGUCUCGCAGCUCAUGGGCCGGGUCGGGCCGGACGGGUUCUUCACCUUCGUCGGUCUGGUCCAUGCGGCCAUCGGCGUUUUUGCCAUCUAUCGCAUGGUCCGGCGGGCGGCCGUGCCGGUGGCCGAGCAGGGGCCCAGCGUGCCGGUCACCACCUCCAUGAACGCGGCCACGGCGACGCUGACGCUCGAUGCCUACCGCGAUCACCGCGACCGCGACCUCGCGGCCAUGACCACCGGCCGUUCGAGUCUGAUGCGCGAAAAGCAUGGCUACUUCAUCGAAGACCUGUCGCCGAAGAUGACGGCGGUGUUCGCCAAGACGGUAACCGAGGCCGAUAUUACGAUGUUUGCCGGCAUCUCCGGUGACACCAAUCCGGUUCACCUGGACGAGAGCUUUGCCGAGCAGACCAUGUUCUCCGGCCGUAUCGCCCACGGCAUGCUGUCCGCGAGCUUCAUCUCGACGGUAUUCGGAACCCGUCUGCCCGGGCCCGGCUGCAUCUAUCUGCGCCAGGAUCUGCGGUUCAAGGCGCCGGUCAAGGUCGGCGAUACCGUCGAAGCGCGGGUCACGGUGCGGGAGAUCCAGGCCGAGAGAAAGCGGGUCAUCUUCGACACCGUCUGCACGGUCGGCGAGACGGUGGUCCUGGAGGGCGAGGCGACCUUGAUGGUGGCCAGCCGCAAGGACCUGCCCGACGCCGAACCCGAAGCGGCGGAAUAG